AUGUACGCUGCUCGCCCGAAGCUGCAGGUGUGCACGGCUGUCGCGCAGAAUGCGACCCGACCAGCGCUGUCACUCAAGUCCCCAAGUGCCAUUCCUCGUACUCCCAUCUCUCCGGUCUCUGCAGCCAGUCCAACCAGCAGGAGGUUUUCUUCGCUGCAGGUGCCAUCCUAUGGCUACAUCAAUUCCUGCUCGUCAAAGAGUAUCCUCAAGAAGCAGCCAUCCAAUGCGAAAGCUGCCACUGGCAAGCACAUCGAGUUCAAAGGUACUCCGACUGUGCACUGUGUGACUCCCAUUGAGAACCCAGACGAGUACUACGGCACGCACACGAAGAUGUCGCGAGAAGAGCGACGGUGGAAAGUCCGCGAUGACGAUACAUCGGUAGCGAUCGUUGAUAAAAACGAGAGGAAUAAGGCCAAAAUUCACUUCCUCGAAAAUGUGACGGCGGAUUCCCGAGCACACCGUGGCAUCCAUCCGAUUCUGGCCCUUGAAUCUCACCAGGAGAGCCUCGCAAAUCUCGUCAACAAAGCGCUCAGAUCGCUCCCUGUAUCGGAUCAUAAUAAUGGGAUACGAUUGGCAGAUGGGUCAAAACGUCGUCGGCCUGAUUUCAUCUCGGCCACAAGAGGCCCUGGUAUGCGCUCGAACCUGUCUGUCGGCCUCGAUACCGGAAAAGCGCUCUCUGUUGCAUGGCAGAUCCCCAUGGUCGGAGUUCACCACAUGCAGGCGCAUCUGCUGACACCAUGGCUGGUAUCGUGUUUGGCAAAUGAUGCGAGCUCAGAACUAGACACCCUAUCGCCUCGGUUCCCGUUUUUGUCUAUUCUUGUUUCCGGCGGACAUUCGAUUCUAGUCCACUCCCAAUCCCUCACAGAUCAUAAAAUCAUGGCCUCCAGCGACGACAUCGCCAUGGGAGAGACCCUCGACAAGUCCGCAAGAGAGAUCCUCCCUCCUUCAUUGCUGCAAGAUGCCAAAAACACCAUGUACGGCAAGAUCCUGGAACAAUUUGUUUUUCCAAACGGCCCUGCCGAUUUUGCCGAUUACCACCCCCCGAUGAACCGGGGCGAAGAGGUGGUCAAACGGCAGAGCCCGUGGGGUUGGAGUAUUACUACGCCGUUUGCAAAUACCCGAGCGCUGCAGCUCAGUUUUUCGUCCAUCUCCAGCAUGGUCACCAAAAUAGUCAAGGACAGGAAUGACAACCUGUCUCACGAAGAGCGGGUCGACCUGGGCCGGGAAGCUAUGCGCGUUUGUUUCGAGCAUCUUGCGUCAAGAACCAUCAUCGCCCUCGAGGCUCUUCGCUUGAGGCACCGUGGCGACGACGAAGUGAAGACUCUCGUCGUGAGCGGCGGCGUGGCUGCCAACAGGUUCCUGAUGACGGUGCUUCGGUCCUUUCUAGAUGUGCGUGGGUUUAAACACAUCAAGGUUGUUGCACCGCCCCCGUACCUGUGCACCGACAAUGCGGCCAUGAUCGGAUGGGCGGGCAUCGAGAUGUUUGAGGCUGGCUGGCAAUCGGAUCUAAGCUGCCGCGCUCUACGGAAAUGGACACUGGAUGCACAAGCCGAAGACGGAGGAGUCUUGGGUCCUUCCGGGUGGAUUCGAAAUGGACCGGCUCUUUAG